CCUGUCACUUGACAAGUUCGUAACGAAUUCGUGGAAGCAGAUGUACAUGCGAUAACUGCACUUUGCCCGUGUAUUUUCUAUCGGACUAAGCCUUCUCGUUAGUCCACAGAAGUUAGUCCUCUUAAUGGUGGUCCUCCAGUAAUUUAAUAUUGGUUGUUAAGAAUUUUUAACCGAUUUAUCAAUUAAAAUCAUGGCUGUGGCUGUCAGAACAUUUCCGAAAUUCACAGUCAGAAAUUGUGGGAAUUUGCUACGGAAUCAAGUAAGAUUUAAUUACACAGAAACUAGACAAAAUUUAAAAAUUGAUAGCAAUACCAAAGUUAUAUGUCAAGGAUUCACUGGGAAACAAGGAACAUUUCAUUGUCAACAGGCUAUUGAUUAUGGUACCAAAAUAGUAGGAGGUGUUAAUCCUAAAAAAGCUGGUCAAGAGCACCUUGGAAAGCCAGUCUUUAAAUCUGUAAAAGAGGCUAAAGAAGGAACUGGUGCUACAGCAACUGUCAUUUAUGUACCUCCACCAGCUGCAGCAGCAGCUAUCAUGGAGGCCAUUGAUGCUGAAAUGCCCCUCAUUGUAUGUAUCACAGAAGGUAUUCCACAACAUGAUAUGGUCAAAGUGAAAAGGCGUCUUUUAGAGCAAAGCAAGUCACGUCUUAUUGGACCAAAUUGUCCUGGAAUAAUAGCUCCUGAACAGUGUAAAAUAGGUAUCAUGCCAGGGCAUAUACAUCAAAAAGGAAAAGUUGGUAUUGUGUCAAGAUCUGGAACUUUGACAUAUGAAGCUGUGAAUCAGACAACCCUUGCUGGUCUUGGACAAACACUCUGUGUUGGAAUUGGUGGAGAUCCAUUUAAUGGAACUGACUUUAUUGAUUGUUUAGAUGUAUUUCUUAGAGACCCAAAUUGUGAUGGUAUCAUAAUGAUUGGUGAAAUUGGUGGAAGUGCAGAGGAGAAAGCAGCAGAAUAUCUCAUUGAAAAGAAUACUGGUGAUAAAGUUAAACCAGUUGUAUCAUUCAUUGCUGGUAUUACUGCUCCACCUGGACGAAGAAUGGGACAUGCUGGGGCAAUUAUUUCGGGAGGAAAAGGUGGUGCGCAAGAUAAAAUAGAUGCACUAGAAAAGGCUGGUGUAAUAGUAACAAGGAGUCCUGCACAAAUGGGAAAUGAACUCUUAAAAGAAAUGACGCGUCUCGGUUUGGUCUGUAAUUAAAAAACACAUGCUACUAUAAACAUAUGUAGUUUGCCUCAUGUGCAUGUAUCUUCAUAAAAUAAAUUGAAAGUACGAAUAAUUCGUCGAUAAUAUAAAAAACGAAACCAAAUAUUGCAGUAAAGCAUGCAAAGUUGGUCAUUUCGAAACAACUGUUCGUUGUUGAUAAAAGAAUGCCAAGUUAUUUUAUUCCUGAAGAUCAAAUUUACAGGAAGACUCACAAACAUUUUUUUAAAGAACUGAAUUUAUUUUAACACUGUACAGUGUUUAUAAAAUAUUUGUAUCGAUGUAGCUUUUAUUUUAACAGCUGCAAAUGUCCAGAGAUAAUAUAGAAACGAAUAUUUAAGGAAAUGUUAACUGCCAUUAUUCUGUCACUAUUUUCCUUGUCCUAAAAUUAUAAAUUUUUCUAUGCUGUUAUGCCAUAAUUUAUGGAAUGGUUAUUUAAGUAAUAAAAUCUUACUACUGUAAAUUAUAUCGAAGCUAUACUUGUUGUAAUUAAUAAUAGAAACAGUAAUACUAUGUACUCGUAUUGUAAGUCAUGUUUAAAAAUUGAAAUACAUCAAAUUAUAUUAAUUGUUCAA